CCGACGACUCCUGGUCUUUACUCUCCGCGGCGCCCGCAUCGUACGGAAAGAGUAUUGCUCCCAGAAGCCGCCACGAUUCCACGGCAACGGCCGAGACGUAUGUUUGCAGAGUCGAGUUACCAUGGGCAGACCACGGACGGGCCGCAGCGCCAGUUGGGGCGCGGCCUGCGCUCCGUGUGCGGCAGCCAAGACGCGCUGCAUUCGCACCGAGUCCUCGCGGCCACAACAAUGUGAUCGAUGCCGAAGUUUGCAGAAAGACUGCGUGGGCCAGACCCCUGGUCCGAGGAGAAAGAGACAGGUCAAGCCCUCUGCCAAUUUUGACACGAGAAUGGCUCUGCCGAAAGAGAGACGCAAUAAUUUGAUUCACUCAUCGAAGACGCCGGGAGGGGAAAGUGCAACUGUACAUGGCAGUUCAUACAACGGCGGUCCGGAUUACCUCGCGAACAACCAUUCGGCACCAUCGGCUAGCACCGAACCCCAAGCUCAAGUCACUCUAAGCCAGGAAGAAACUGCUCUGCUUAACCCAGCGCAUGACUUCCCCGCUAGCGCACCCACGCCGCUAACAUGCACCUGCAUGGUAACAGUAGACAUGGACGAUCUUGUCCCCGUAGAGUCUGACGAGACUCUGUUGUCCAUCUACAGGAAUCAGCUGUCUAGUCUGUUGCCUUUCGUCAUCAUUCCAGUUGGAACAACGCCGAGAGAACUGCGGGCAACUCGUCCAUUUCUCAUCAAGGUAAUCAGAAUGGUGGCUUCCGUCCGUCAUCUUCGAUUGGUAAGGGGGCAAGCCCGCGCCGUCAUGGAACAUGUCUCUAAUGCCAUGCUCAUGAGAUCUGAGCGCUCGUUGGAUCUGCUCCAAGGCAUUUUGGUUUUCCUAGGAUACUACCACUACCAUUGCAUGGCUCACGCCCAGUUCAACAAUCUGAUCCGCCUAGCAACCAGCUUAGUAGAAGAUAUGGGUUUGAGUACAUGCCCCAAGCCUCGACAGGAGAGGAAUCAGCUGCCUUUGGUACGUGCCGAUGAGCCCGUAUCCAGAACGAACGAAGAGAAGAGGGCGCUGCUUGGCGUCUGGUAUAUGAGCUCAAACGCUGGCCUCGUCGUGAAACAGUUAACGUUCACAAGUUAUACCAAAUAUAUGGACCAAUGCCUCAAAGAUCUUGACGAUACUAGAGAAUACAAGACAGACCAACUUGUCAUACAGUUGAUCCGCAUCCAACAACUCACCGAGAAAAUCUUCCACUUUCACAGUAAUGAUUCACCGAUGGACGAACAGCUAAGUUCGCCCGAACAUUCAACGAUGGCGCGUCUAGAGGCAUUCCGGGUUGAGAUAGACAGCCUCCGGAACGCACUACCCCCGAAUCUCAAAUCCGACUACCUUCUGUCUUGCUAUUACAAUAGUGCUUACCUCCGGAUCUUUGAGCCUCUACUGGCAGGCUCACACCUGCCAGAUGCCGAAUCUCAGUCCUUCGCCUCGCUCUCGUUUGCAGGCGUGCCGAUAUCCGAUGUUUUCUCACAUUUCACUGCCGCGCUCAAGGCCUGGCUCGAGAAUUGGCUUGCCGUCCCGGUCUGUUCCUACUUCUAUAUGCCGCAGCCAGCCUACGUCCAGUUGGUCCAUGGCGCCAUGAUGCUCUCUCGGUGGGUGCGAGUAGCCGGUCCCAGAGCGGUCAAGCUUUCCAAUGCCGGCACCGCCAUAUCGCAGGAAGAAUUCAUGGUUCCCUGGCAACCAACGCCUGCUCUCAGCGGCGUGCCUACAUGUCCAGAUCUGAGCUUGCCGAGACCUCCAGCCUCAGUAUCAACCCAAGUCGUGUCCUCUCAGAUACUCAACACGCUCAGGGCCAAGGUCACAGCGCAACCCAAUCUUCAGGUUGAUAUCCUCGGCAUCCUUGAUACCAUGGCAGCUCGUUUUGUGGCUGCAAAGAAGGAGAUGGCCGCGGCGCAGGGGGUGGAUUGGGAGAAUGAUACAUGGGACUUUGCUGCAAAACAUUCGAAGAUGAAGAAGGCUAGGGUCGAGAAAUGGCGUGAGAUGGUCGCCAUGGUGGCAGUCGAGAGGAGGAGCCCCCUGACUGAUGCGCAUGACAGCGCUUACGAAGGGAGCAGAGAGGCCAUGAAUAUGUUGGCAGAACCGAGCAUCGACGGUUUCGAAUGGGUAGCGUCAAGUUAUGACGUGGACUACAUGCAGUGGGAGAGUGCUAUAUUCGAUGACAUCAUGCGAGACAUUCAUACAGAAGCUGCCUUCAAGUCCAUUGAUUAGAACACAGGCAUACUGGUCGAUUGGUGAUGUGUGAGCGGACCAAACAUAGAAGUUUAACGGUCAGAAUUUCAACGUCUUCAUCGAGCGUCCGGACGUCUCAGCAACAUCUUUGCCACGCUGGGUG